CCCUUUAUUUGUUGUCCCAAGAAUAUUCUCAAUACUGCACCAUCAGUACGGCCAAUAGUGCCCAUCCGUGCUAGCUUUCAGUGCCCAUUAGUGCCCAUCUGUGCUGGUUUUCAGCGCCCAUCUGUGCUGGCUUUCAGUGCUGGCUAUCAGUGCCUCCUCAGU